AUGAUGGCUGAGCCAAACUCUGCCCCGCAUGCCGAAAGCGACCCCGCAACCACGACCGACGCGAAGGAGACGCGUGAUCAGGACGCGGAUGAGCAGAAACCACGAGAUAGCAACGGCUGGGAUGGGAAGCUACGAGUAGACAAGAUGACGCUCACCGACGAGCCAAGAGAUCCACACGCGCAAAUAUUGAGUGAUCCAGAGGUAUCAGAUGAUGAAGGACCCCCGCCAGAACAGCUGGCUGCAGAUGAAGACCUGUUGGACGAUGUGCCGGACGAUGAAGAAGAGAUCGAGCUAGUGCACUGCAAGAUUUCGGAUAUGUCGUCAUUGCGACUAGAGAGGUUCAAGCAGAUGAAGCGUCUCUGCCUUCGCCAAAACCGAAUAGAAAGUAUUGCGAUACCAGAAGAACUCGCAACGAGCCUUACAGAAGUCGACCUCUAUGACAAUCUUAUUGCGCACAUCAAGGGCCUCGAUGCCUUUACUGAACUCACGUCGCUCGACCUGUCCUUCAAUAAGAUCAAGCACAUCAAGCGACUAAACCACAUGACAAAGCUCAAGGAUCUAUAUUUUGUGCAGAACAAGAUUGGCACCAUAGAGAACUUGGAAGGCCUCACCAAUCUGCGACAGAUUGAGCUGGGCGCAAACAGAGUACGGGAGAUUCAGGGUCUGGAGACACUGACUGGGCUGGAAGAGUUGUGGUUGGGAAAGAACAAGAUCACCGAAAUCAAGGGCUUGGAUACGCUUACGAACCUCAAGAUUUUGAGCAUACAGUCGAACCGGCUGCGGUCCAUUACGGGGUUGGAGAAGCUCGUCAACUUGGAAGAAUUGCAUAUCUCGCACAAUCUUCUUACAGAAUUAUCGGGGCUAGAGAACAACGUCAAUCUCAGUGUCAUUGACAUCAGCGCGAAUCCCAUCGAACAUCUCGGAGGACUCAAGGGUCUCAAGCACCUUACCGAGUUUUGGGCGAGCAACUGCAAACUGAGCGACUUUGGUGAGAUCGAGCGGGAGCUGAGAGAUAAGGAGGAACUGGAAACGGUUUAUUUCGAAGGAAACCCUCUGCAACGGGCGCAGCCAGCCUUGUACAGGAACAAGGUCCGACUUGCGCUACCACAAGUUGUGCAGAUUGAUGCCAGUAAGUCUUACUUGUUACAUGUCUCUCUAGAAUCCGGAGAACUAACGUUGUGA